AUGUCGAGGAUCAUCGCUGCCGCCAGGUUUGUCACUCCACCCCGAUCGCGCUUCCUCUCCACCGCCGCCAGGACCGCCACCACCAGCGGCGGCGGCGGUGGCGAUGAUCGCCACAAAUUCUCGCUCUGCGGCCCACCCGCGGCCCCCAAAAGUCCACUCAUGGGAACCACCGAGAACCUGGGCCUCACCUUCUACGAGUCGGGCUCCGCAUGCCUGGAUUUCUUCUUCCACAUCGUCCCGGUGACCACCGAUAAGUCGCGCGUCCAGGAGCUGGCCGCGGCGGCGUGGGCGGAGGAUCCUCUCACCACGCUCAAGCUCAUCUUCCAGCUCCGGGGCGUCCGCGGCACGGGCAAAUCGGACAAGCUCCACUUCUAUGACGCCGCGUGCUGGCUCUACGAGCACCACCCUCGCACACUCGCAGCAAACAUCGCCAAGGUUGCCCCGGUUGGCUACUUCAAGGAUCUCUUGGAGCUCGUCCAGAGGAUAUUAGAAGGCGAGGAGGUGACCGAGCAGAGGAUCGAGGAGAAAAGGCAGCACAAGCGGAGGAAGCCACCGAAAGAAUCGCUGAUGAGCUCGACGAGGGGCUAUAGGAGGAGCUUGUUCUCCUGGACGAAGCCAUCGGGGAAGAACAAGUGGGCGAGAGCAUCGUCCAAGCUCAAGAUCGGCACCAAGGAGGACAGGAUCGCGGCCAGCCUCAAGAGGGACAAGCUGUUGAAGCAGCAGGCGUCGGAGCUUCGCAGGAGGAAAGCGCUGGAGCUGGCCAAGCGCGUGAUCGAGCGGCACGAGAAAGAUGACGAGUUCGCGGCGAUCUACUCGGGUGUUGCGCGUGUUUUCGCCGAGGCUCUGGACAAGGACAUGGAAGCGCUUCGCAGCGACAAGGAGAAAGCGAGGCUCAGCCUCGCCGCGAAGUGCACGGCGCUGGAGCUACCGGAGGUGUUCAUGAGCGCGCAGAGGUGGGAUGAGCUGCCAUACAACCGGGUGGCAUCGGUGGCGAUGAAGAACUACACCGAGAUCUUCAUGAAGCACGACGAGGCGCGCUUCAAGCAGUUCCUGAGCGACGUCGAGGCCGGGAAGAAGAAGAUCGCGGCGGGGGCUUUACUCCCGCAUGACAUACUCAGGGACGCGGUGGAGGAGCACCGCGAGACGGCGGAGCUGCAGUGGAGGGCGAUGGUGGACGAGCUGCGGCAAAAGGGGAGCUUGCAAAACGCGGUCUCGAUCUGCGACGUGUCCGGGAGUAUGAAUGGGACGCCGCUGGAGGUGGCGAUCGCGCUGGGACUCCUCACGGCGGAGCUGAGCGAUGAGCCGUGGAAGGGGCGGCUGAUAACUUUCAGCAAUGAGCCGGCAUUCCACGAGAUCACCGGCAAGACGCUGGCGGAGAAGUACCAGUUCACGACGAGGAUGCCGUGGAACAUGAACACCGACUUCCAGAAGGUGUUUGAUCGCAUCCUGGAGCGAGCACGCGAGUUUAACGUCCCGCCCGAGAAGAUGGUCAAGAGGCUCUUCGUCUACAGCGACAUGGAGUUCGACGAGGCCAGGGGCGGACCGGCAUACAAUCCUAGUCCGAAUUGGUGGGGUGGAAGCUCGCCAUCGCCGCCAGCCGCUUCGGAGGGAUGGCUCACGGAUUAUGAAUUGAUCAAGCAGAAGUUCAAGGCUGCCGGAUACGAUGAGCCGCCGCAGAUCGUGUUCUGGAACCUGAGGGACUCGGACAGCAUCCCGGUGACCAAGGACGAGCCCGGCGUGGCGCUCGUCUCGGGCUUCUCCAAGAACAUACUCAAGAUGUUCCUCAACUACGACGGCCGGGUGAAUCCCAUGAUAAUGCUGCACAACGCCAUCUCGGGCCCGAUGUUCGAGGACAUGGUGAUCGUUGACUAG